GGCUAAUUCAGAGGCAAUUAGCAAGCCUUACAAAUUAUUAACUCUGCUCAUCAGCUCAUCACCUGCAGCCUCCUGUCAGAGCAAUGGCCUCUCAAAGAAGUGCUACCCUGUUACUAGCCUCACUAGCCUUUGCCAUUUGCAUGUUGAUCCCCUGCUCCUCCUCCAGCAAAGAGGCCAUGGAACUGUUCGAGAGAGCGUGCCACUGCUUCGAUGACCCCAAUAUAUACGGGCAGUGCGCGGCGGAGCUGAGGCUGAGCGCGGAGGGCGCGUUCCACAUGCAGAGAAACGAGGUCGAUGAGUACUGCGGCGGGCCGUGCCUGGAGGAGACGAAGCUGGCGCUGCAGUGCGUGGAGGAGGUGGCCGCCGAGAGCUUCAGGUUCUCCAACGGCGCGUCGGUGCUGGCGGUGAGGCAGGCGCUGGGCACCGGCUGCGGCUACGGCCCCGACAGAGGAACCUUCGAGAUCCGCGAGCGCAAGGACUGUGCCGGCGCCGGCGAGUCGUACUACCACCGCAGGCCCCGCGACCGCGCGCAGCAGGAGAAGCCGGCGGCCGCCGGCGCCGGCAGGCUCUACGGCGAGGAGGGCCAGCAGCAGCCGUACGAGCAGGAGCAGGGCGCCGGGUACGGCGAGGGCGAGGAGGAGCAGCACUGCUACGGGUACGGGGCCGCGGGCGGGCUGGCGGAGCACCGCGGGCUCCUGCGGACGGCGGUGCCGGCGGUGCUCGUCGCCUCCGCGGCGCUGCUCCUCAAACUCUAGUUUCAGUUUCUACUGCCAGGGUGUUAGAUCGUGUUUGUAACUUUGCAUGAUGCAUUGUUCUUCUUUCUCGUUCGUUUUUCUUUAUUUACUUGUCUUUUUGCACAUCAAUAUAAUACGAUCUGUAGCACGUCUUUUAUUUACAGGUUAUAUAUGAUA